AUGAGAGGCAUGAUUCUCUACACCGACGAAAUGAAGGAAAUGGCCGCUGUAGGCAUGCACGCUGAUCUCAAGCUACAUCUUCAAGUUGACGACCAAAACAGAGGACUUUGCAAGACACGAUGGAGCUAUGGAUGGAACAUGUACCGUCAUCUAUGGCAGAUUAGCAUAUAUUCUCCGCCAUCACGAAUACCUAAAUCACCAUGGCCAACCCGAAGUGCGCUUGAUGUGCAUUCGGUGGCCGGGAAGCGUGGACCCCUCAAAAAGUCUCCCUUCCUGACUGGCACUGCAGUUGCUAUGUUUUGGAUUCCAUUCCUAAUGCUAGAUCGUCUUAAACAUGUUUAUGUUGAUGGUCUCAUAAAUGGGGUGGACAUCAGGAGAUUUACUGAUGAUUUCAGCGCCCAGGCCAAAGCUCAAACUACCGUGGCAAGUGUCAUUAUGGCGGUCAACGCCAGCAUCCUUGCAGUUCCAGGUCUAGGUACACAACUGGCUAUGAAGGCAUUGUGUUCCAUCUCCUUCAUUCUCUGUGUCUACAGCAUCAUCGGGUGCACAAUUGCACAACAAUUGGUUCAAAGCUUGAGAUACCUUGACUUUUCAGCAUAUUACUUACAAGAGGAGAUGGGCACUUUUGUGAUCCUUAGUUUGGCAUUUGCCAUCAUUGGAGUUCUAGCAGGGAUCUUCACUGUUGAAUUUGGCCUUCCCUUGUCCGAAAGGAUAGGAUGCGGGCUGAUCCUUGUUGUUGGGGGAGGGCUCAUGAUUCCAUUGACGAUGGCCAGCUUUGGGCCUGGACUGAUUCAAUGA